AUGUUUUAUGAUACAUUUCCGGUCUGGUUGGCGAAGUUGUUGUCCUUGAAGGUUCUCAUUCUACGAGCAAAUAUGUUUUAUGGUACAAUUACAGAAUUCAACACAGAAAAUGGUUUUCCGAAGCUACGUAUUUUGGACAUUUCUUCCAACAAUUUUUCAGGUGAAUUGUCCGUUCAAUUUCUGCAGAGUUUGAAGGCGAUGAUGCAGAUAGCUAAUGAAGACAAAGCUAAGAUAAAUUUUCAUGGGAGAAUACCAGAAGAAAUAAAAAUUCUCAGGUCACUCAAGGUGCUAAAUUUGUCCCAUAACAGCUUCUCCGGCCAAAUCCCAUCAGCAUUCGACAACCUAAAAGACCUCGGGUCUUUGGAUCUCUCGGUGAACAAACAAUCGGGGAAGAUUCCUCCACAGCUUACAAGUCUAAUUUCCUGGAGCCACUGGACUUGUCUUGCAACCAACUUAACGGGAACAUACCACAAAGCUACCAAUUCAAUACGUUGUCAAAUGAUUCUUACCGACUUACCGUGGGAACCUAAAAUUAUGCGGGCCGCAGUUGUCGAUGAAAUGCGACGAAGUCGGUCCUCCAAUGCCACCUCCUGUGGGGAAAGAUGA